AUGGAGCAGGAUGUCUCCUCCCUGUCUUGGGCAAGAGACUGGAGCACCCCUGAGCCCCUUGUCCUUCCAACCCAUGAGAUCCAGAGCUCCCCAGUCUCUGAUGAAUCCAACCCUCUGAUGCCUUUGCGCUAUAAAAGCAGAGAGGCUGACAGUCUGGUCCCGCUCGUGCCCUGGCCUGCACCCCUGUCUCCCAGCAGCCCCCGAGCUCUCAUUGCGUCAUCCAAGUCCAUCCUCCCCUCUGUGGCUGAGGGUCAGUUCCCGCCACCGCCCCGAACACCAGCAGCAGCCUUGCCCUCCUUCCCUCAUCCACUUGCCCGAGAAAGACCCUUCUUGUGUGCCCGCUGUUGA